UCUUAAAGCGUAGCCAAAUCACUCACAGCGAAAAGCCCGGACAGACAGCAGCGCAGACAUCAAGCAGCUCUUCUAUUCGCCACAACAGCGCGUCGUUAUAUGUGUUUUGAUGGGUUAAUCUGCAACGGAAAAAUAAGAUGAACAUUAACUGAGACAAUCCGGAGCGGGAAACUUGAAAUGGAGUGACUCAUUUCCCCCCAAAGUGGACUUUUUUAACGUCGUCUUGUGAUCCUUGGCCGGUCGCAUCAGCUGCUUGUGUGGGCACAGUUUAUCCCCUCUGAUGGUCACCUGUUACCGUCGCUUUCUGACCUGCAGACAGCCUCACCACGGAUCGUCACAUAGACCAAGCUUCUGCUGAGAUGGCCCGUGCAGAGACCAUCGAGAGCGUCGGGGAAACGGGAGGAGGAGGACGAAAUGGUCCUCUUCCUCGCCACAACAGCUGCCGCAUGGAGCUGCCUCGCCCCUUCCAAACCUGGCCCGGCCUCCUCUCCACUACCACCAUCACCACCAGCUCUGGGACUGUCACCGGCCCCGCGCACCUCCACCAUAAUCACCUCCAUCUGCACCCUUUGCAGGCUGUCUAUCUGUCGUAUCCGCUGCCUUACCCACACCCAGAGGGCCAAGACGAGCCCCAGACCCACCCGCAGUUACCUGUGUUAUCGCCAUCACCAACGCCUCCUCCUUCACCACCCUGCAACAGGAGGGACGCGAGGGGCGGAAGCUUCUCCGGAGAGCAGUCAGACUCAGAGGCAGAGGAGCGUCACGAGGCCUACAGCCGACAGGGACCUCUGCCUGACCUGCUGCCCCGGAACGAGCACCCGUCCUGGGGUUCACCGCGCCACAGAGCCCCCGGGGAGGAGGCGGUGCAGGAGCUGGAGGUCAGGAGGCUGGCCCAGCAGCUGAGGUCCAUCGGAGAUGAAUUCAACUCUGCGGUUCUCCACAGAGCGCACGCUGCCCCCCACUGGCGGGACUGGAGAGACGCCUGCCGAGGACUCCUGAACUUCAUCGCCCAGAGUCUCAGCACUCUCUACAGGCUCACGUAGAGCGCCGUCUCGCCUGCAGCCGUCGGUGACCGUGGCGGCUUUUUACAUUCAGGACUUGGCCGCUGACCGUUGGACUGCUGCUCGUGGGUGGGACCACCGUGAUUGGUCGCUGCACUGUUGUCCAUUUGAACCUGAGGAUCAACAAAUCAAAUGUCUGAAUGCCUGAACGUAGAAUUUGGGGGGAUGAGACCAGCAGCUGGAGGCGUCGCCGCCUCCCUGGAUCAGGGUUGCUGCCUGUGGAAACUGGACCCUGCCUGCCUGUCUGUCUGUCAGUCAGUCUGCUGGUCCAGACUGCAGCUGACGGAUUGACGGUCACUUUCUCGCCUGUAUAUUUUGUAAAGUCCACAUGCUCUCUGUCUUUGUCAGCAUUUCGGGGUGGGAAGGGGAGCUCUUUAUGUAGCAGGUGUGAAUGAGGUGUGUGUGUGAGUCACUCUGUGUGUGUGUGUGUGUGUUGGCAGACCUGGGUCAAAACACUGACUGACUGAGAUGUCGUUGUAAAAACAUUCAGAAAGUAUGGAUCUUUAAAAAAUGGGAAGUGUUAUCUUUUGGAACUUUUUCAUUUCGCUUUCAUACAAGACGUUCUGAUUCGGAGGAUUAUAACGGACAUGACUUGACCCUCGUCUGACGUGUGCGCGUCACUUUGCCGUCUUUAUUUUGCAUCCUGUUCUUCUAAACUGUGAAACUAGAAACGCUGUGUUUGCAUGGCAGGGAAAAGUCGGGUGUUUUUCCACUACGGAGCACAGAGUGAACCUCCCUCCCAAUCUGCUUCACUCCAUCGUACGACGUGCCUUUCUGCUCAGCGCUCUGUUGAGGCCCAAUCUUUACAGUCAGGACAAUCAGCUGCACACACACACACACACACACACACACACUCUCACUCACACUCUUUAAGUGCUUUGUUUGCAGUCUCUGAACUCAAGUGUCGUUUGCAUUACAUUCAAAUGAUGCAGCUUCAGCGUGACUGAAGGUCAUUUGAGGACAGAAACAUCUCAGUCCCCACCGAGCGCACGCACACACACACACACACUCAUUUUGCCACUGUAGGAUCGUCCACGCCGUUCAUGCAGCCAGCGUUGGGAGCCGACUCGCUCUCGCCCCGCCUGAGUCGACAGUGUUUAUACUUACUUGAUCUUCUGUAAAUAUUCUGAAUCUAAGUGAUGCGAAAACCUUGUUGGACUUUGAAAAUACUUACGGGAGUGAGAGUUCACUGUGUGUUGGAGAUCCUUUUGUAUUUCUGAGCAGAUUGUCAAUUUAAAUCCAGUGGAUUUGAGGUAAAAGGAAAACUUAUGAUUUGGAUCUUUUGAUUGAAGAGAAUUCGACGGCUCGUUUGUAAAAUGACCCCCUUUUGGUUGUGCGAUUAUUUUCACUGUAGCUUGAGAGAAAAUGUUAAUUGCUCAUAUUAAGAGCAUAAUUUAUUUUGAAAUGUAGACUUACUGUAGCUUGUUGGGUUUUUUUUAAUUUUAUAUAUCCUGUAUUAUUUAUUUUUUUUCUUAUGUUCCUGAUUAAAACUAUGAAUUAAGUUGUACUUGAGUUGAAACUGUUAAAGAUGAGAUUGAAUCAGACGAAAGCUGAAAUACAUCACUUUAGAAACCGGUGCGUCUUGUCCAUCACCCGAGAUAAAAAUCAGUUCAAUUCAAAAACAGCAGCACGACUUCACUGAUAUCCUCGCUUUAAAAACAAAUCGCCGUGUGGUCUCGUGUUUGUGUUUGGCUCACAAGCUGCUCCGGAAACUUUAAAGUGAUGUAUUGGCUUUCAGUGUGUUCAUCAGAAGACGAAAGUUAAAAGUACCAAAACUCUCCUCCUCUUAAAGCACAAAGAAGACGAAGUUAGCAACACUUUUUAACUUCACACACACACAGACGCACUGAACUGAUAGCCCCUUCCAUUCCAGUGCAAAUUAGGAGCAACAUGUGGUGCUACGCAUGAUAAAAAUACACGUUUGUGUACUGUAACGUACUUUGAGUUGAAGCAAGUGUUUCAACGUGUAUUUCAGGUCCCAUUUAAGUGAAAUGUGGACGAUUUUUGACACUUAAAAUUACUCCAAAAUUUCAACAGGGAAGUGAUUUGCUCUCACUUGGCCCGAGCUCCUGUGUUUGUAUGUUUUUUGAUUGUUCACGCCUCUCAGAGUCAAAAUGAAACCCGCAGACGUUCAGCCAGAUGCCAGCUCGGUGGACUCUGGUUUGCUUGUAGAGCGCGUUCGCGGUCGUCACACACAACAGGUUUAAAGAAGGUUCUGUAAGCAGCCGCUCACUUCCUGGUUGUUUCUCUUGUGAGAGUGCACUUCCUGGCUCGCCUCCUCCUCCUCGUCCUCCUCCUCCUCCUUCUGCUCUUCCUCCUGCUCCUGCUCCUGCUCCUCCUCCUCCUCCUCCUCCUCCUCCUCCUCCGAUGAUGAUGAUACUCAGUGUCAUCACCUGCAGUGUGUUUUUGCUGUUUUUUUCUAUUGUAAACUUUCUACAUAAUUUUGUACUUUUUUUUCUUUUUUAUAUGAAUAAAGAUAAGGAGAAAUAUA